CGGUUUGUGAGGGGAAGACAUGGUAUUAUCCUGCGAACCUUGUUCGUGAAUACAUUGAAAAGGUGGAGCUUCGCCACUUGAAUCAUAUCAUUCACCCCAACGCUACUACACCUGUUCGACUUCUACGAGAUAUCUUCACUUCAACACCAUGGCUACAUCAACAAACCUCCUACCAGAUGACUUCCACAUCUUCAGUCUCGCCGGUAUAGCACUCUCCGCCAGUAUCUUCCUCACUGUCAGCAUAAUCUACACCAUCUCCCACGGCAUCUACAACCUCUACUUCCACCCCCUCCACCACAUCCCAGGCCCCUUCUGGUCGCGCGCCUCCGGAAUCCCCUACAACCUCCGCAUGCGGCGCGGCACCGUCGCCCCCUGGCUCCUCGCCGCCCACGCCCGCUACGGCGACGCCGUGCGCGUGAACCCCAACGAAGUCUCCUUCAUAUCCGGCGAGACGGCCUGGCAAGACAUCUACGGGUUCCACCACGGCGGCGGCAGCAAGAACGGCAAGAAGAACCUCACGUCCGCCGCGUACCUCAAGGACCGGAGGUGGUUCCCGCUGCCGCUCAACAAGACGUGGUCGAUCAUUGCGUCGGACGAGGAGACGCACGGGCGGAUGCGGAGGAACUUGUCGCAUGCGUUUAGCGAGAAGGCGUUGAAGGAGCAGGAGGGGAUUAUCCAGGGGUAUGUGGGGUUGUUGGUGGAGAGGCUGAAGGAGUGUGUGGAGGAGGGGAGGAGCGAGGUGAAUGUCAUGCGGUGGUAUAAUUAUACGACGUUCGAUGUUAUCGCGGAUCUGAUGUUCGGGGAGCCAUUGUACUGUUUGCGGGAUAGGGGCUACCACCCGUGGGUCAACCUCGUCUUCGCGACCGUCAAAGCCGUCGCCUUCAUCGCCGCGCGAACCCACUUCCCCAUCUUCUACUACUACGACCAACUCCUCUCCCUCACCAACCCCAACCACGCCAACAAGGUCCUCCGCAUGCGCAAGGACUUCUUCGACCUCAGCCGCCAAAAGGUAACCGACCGCAUCGCACUGGGCCCGACACGCCCAGACUUUAUGACCGCGAUCCUGCACAACCAGUCCGCGCCGGAAAAGGCGCUCACCCGCGACGAAAUCGACUCCAAUGCCAUCAUCAUGCUCGUAGCCGGCAGCGAGACGAGCGCCACCGCGCUGAGCGGGACGACGUAUUUGGUUCUGCGGGACGCGAGCGUGCAUGCGAGGGUUGUGAAGGAGGUGAGGGGCGCGUUUGGGGCAGCGGAGGAGAUUACGAUGGAUAGGGUUGCGAGGUUGGAGUUCUUGAAUGCGUGUUUGCAUGAGGGACUUAGGAUUUAUCCGCCUGUGCCGACGGGGUUUCCGCGUGUCGUGCCCGCGGGUGGGGAUACGAUUUCGGGGGUUUAUGUUCCUGGUGGUACCUCCGUCUAUGUCUCCCAGCACGCGUCCAACCUCUCCCCGCGCAACUUCAAAAACCCAGAAGUCUACGCCCCCGAACGCUGGCUCGCAUCCAAGGAUCCAUCCUCUGAGUACGCGAACGACAAUCGCGCGGCAUACAGUCCCUUCUCUUUCGGCCCGCGGAGUUGUCUAGGCAAGAAUCUAGCAUACGCGGAAAUGCGCCUCAUACUUGCGCAGAUGCUGUUCAACUUCGACCUCGAGCUCGUCGACAACGGCGGAGAUAAGGACGGCAAGGGCUGGCUGGACGGACAGAAAGUGUUCACGCUGUGGGAGAAGCCGGAUCUGAUGGUUAGGCUGUCGCCGGUUACGAAGGCGGAGGCGGUCGAGAGUAAAGAUGAGUAGUGUUCUUUUGUAGGUGGGUGAGGUGGGCUGUAUGGCUGGUGAAUGCUUGGAAUCGCGUCGUCUGGGGAUUCGUGCUCGUGGGGUUUCGGUGAUUGCGUCUGGGUUUCUCUGGGCACCGCGGCUUUUCCUGUUUGCUAGCUCGUGGACAUCGGCAUUCGUCCUCCGUAGUCAUAUAACGGCAGUAUGCUUGUACUUCGUCUCAAUAUUAGCCUGCGUUAGUUUUGUUUCGUUGCACAUUGCCGGGUCCC